AUGGAUCCCAUUGUUAAACAAAUGGAACAUGUUAAAAAGAGUGUCCAAGAACGAUUAGAUGGAAAGAAAAUAAGUGAACAAGGUAAAUUUAUUUAUCAAUGUUCAAAAAACUGUUCUUAUAUGUAUUAUUUUGAAAAUUGUGGAAUGGCUAAUGAUCGAUCAAAAUGUCAACUAUGUGGUUUAGACAUUGGUGUAACAGCAUUAAAUCAACUAAUUAAACGUGAUUCACCACAAAUUCAGUUGUCAAUCAAUAAUGCCUUUGAACAAAUUGAUCAAUAUUUCCUAGAAUAUGAAAAAAAACUGAAUUCGGAUACCAUAAUAAAACUCAAUGAACUAAUAACAUCGAAUGAUAGUGGUAAUUUUAUAAAGGCACAUUUUGAAAAUGAUUACAAACUACUUGGAAUUAUUCUUUCGAAUCACGAUGAUUUUCACAUACGGAUAGCUAAAAUUCUUGAACAUUUAAUUGAGAUACAAGAUGAGAAUAAAAUUAAUGGCAUGUUAACAACCAACGAAAAUGUUCGUCAUUUUGAAACAUAUUUUGAACGAAAUAUUACAGCAAAAAAACACUGCCACGAUUUACAAAUUAGUGAGCCUAAAACAGCAAAAAUUUUGUUUGGUUCACAUGCUAUGCUUGAACCACUAGUUCCAGAAACUGCAGGUAAACUAAAUCUUAAACUUUAAGUUUUUUAUCAUCAUAAUAGUCACAAAUAUUUCCACCAUAUAAUUCAUCUACUCGUUGUUUCAAUGUAUCUGUUUCUGCUUGUAAUAGAGAAUUUACUUGUGCAUUGUGAUCAUAUAAAAUUCCUUGUUUCGAAUAACCAAUUAAAGGUGAAGUCCGCAUAAGAACGGAAAUCGGCCCACUAACAAUAACCGCUCCAAUCGGUCCAAACCUCAUCAGAAUCACAUCCAAUUAUGAUAUUCAAUGAUUUCGACCCU